GGGUAGGGGGUGCUGCCUGCCUGCCCUGUGCAGGCUUUAGCUUGGUCCUCCCAACCCCUGCCGAGGUCCACACUAUGACUCCUCUUUACAGUGAGAAAACAGGCAUGGCUCCACCCACGGGGCUGGGUUGAAAGCGCAGGUCUGAGGCCAGCCACACACUAUAGGGAGAAGACAGACCUGCCUGGGCUGCAGCCAGUGGAGCAGGGACUGCUCUGUGCCAUGAUGGGCCCAGAUAGGAAGAGGACACAUGCCAGGCAGUGUCCUCUCAGGCACUCCACCUAAUGUCGGACCCAAAUAGCAGCAUCCGAUGCUGGGCCACCACAGGCUGCUGCUGCACGCCGCCCAGCCUGCCCCACACCCAGCAGGUGCCACAGCCCCGUGCAGCACUAGCAGAGGCCGUGACAAUCAGCGACUGGCCUGGGAAGAUACCCUGGAGUCCACCCGGGCCAGAGAGCAAGGGCUGCACUUAUGUGUGUGUGUGUGCCUGAAGACGUGCAGGUGCAGUGCACAUGUGUUGUGCACAUGCGUGUGCAUGUCCUGAGUGCUGUGCAACGUGGGCCCUCCCCACAGGGCAGCAGGGUCAGGCAAAGAUCAGGUCCCUAGACCACCUUUUCUGUAAGCCCAGAGCCCCUGCUCUGCCCCACCCCUGAAACAUUGCUGGUCUCCCCGGCUCCUCUGGGUAUAGCUCCUCUACCUCCAAGCCUAGUGUCAAAGGCCCCCAGGCCAGGCCAGGGAAGGCUGGUCCCUGGGCACCCAGAGGCUAAGUAGGAUCUACCAUCCCACCCACCAGGGCCCCUGCACACUUGGUGCUGACCCAGCUGUGGCAGCCUAUUUGUUUACGGCCUUUCCUCUCUUUUGCAUGCACCCUCCUGCAGGCCCAGCUGUGAGCCCUGUCCCCUGGGUCGGGGGGAGCACCUGCCACCAUGGAGUGCCCAGGCCUGGUAUGCAGCCAACCCAAGGGCUUCCAAAGCUUCCAGGCCUCGGACCCCAGUGGAGGAAUGGUCCAGUCCCUCAAGGUGCACUGUUCCCACGCAGGCCGAGAGGCCACAUCCCGUACCCCAGCCGCAGGCUGGAGGCCAGGCUGGCCAACGGUCUGCGGGCCUCCUGGUUGGUCUGCAGGGCUGUCCUCAGACUGCCCCCUGGGCUUGCAGAUAGAGCCACCUGUGCAAUGUUCCCAGCUGCUGACAGUGCCUUCCCAGGGCUGGAGAGAGAAGGUGUUUCUGUGCCUACUCCCCGGGGCACUGUCACCUCCAAGCCCCGCCCACAGGCAGCUGGAGACCCCAGGACCCUCUGGCAGAGACGUUGUGGGUGUUCCUCCUCCCCUCCAGGUGUGGGGUGGGUGCUGAGGGCUUGGGUACAGGCAGGUAACAAGGUCAUGGUCAGUGCCAGGUCAGAGCCUGCCUUCUCAGGUCACUGUCAGCCGCAGAGCCUGGUGGUGUCAAUCAGGAUAACAGCAUCCGACAUGUGCAAACCUGUGGGGCCCAGGAGAGCAAGGAUGGCCCCAGGGGCCCCGGGCUGGCAGGUGAAGACAGGCGAGGUUUUUGCUAAACAAAUCCUGCCCCACCCCACCCCAACUCACCAUAUCUGGGGCCUGCCCGAUUUGCCCACUUGCCAUCCCUGCCAGAAGCUGCCACCUGCCAUGCCAGGCCGGGCUCUCCUGGGCCUCUUGGCUCUCCUGGGCCUCAGGGCAGGUGCCCCAUUGUGCCUGACCCAGCAGUUCAGGAUGUCAGGGGACUACGUGCUGGGUGGGCUCUUCCCCGUUGGCUUGGCUGAGGGUGCUGGUCUCAGCAACAGGACACAGCCCAGUGCCACCGUGUGCACCAGGUUCUCGUCCCUCGGCCUGCUCUGGGCGCUGGCGGUGCAGAUGGCCGUGGAGGAGAUCAACAAUGGGUCCAGCCUGCUGCCUGGGCUGCGCCUGGGCUACGACUUCUUCGACACGUGCUCAGAGCCCAUAAUUGCCAUGAAGCCCAGCCUCCUGUUCAUGGCCAAGGCGGGCAGCAGCAACAUCGCCGCCUACUGCGACUACACACAGUACCAGCCCCGUGUGCUGGCCGUCAUCGGGCCCCACUCGUCUGAGCUCGCCCUUGUCACCAGCAAGUUCUUCAGCUUCUUCCUCAUGCCUCAGAUCAGCUAUGGCGCCAGCGCAGAACGGCUGAGCAACCGGGAGGAGUUCCCGUCCUUCUUCCGCACAGUGCCCAGCGACCGCGUGCAGGCGGCGGCCAUGGUGGAGCUGCUGCAGGAGUUCCACUGGAACUGGGUGGCUGCUGUGGGCAGUGACGACGAGUAUGGCCGGCAGGGCCUAAGCCUCUUCUCUGGCUUGGCCAACAUGCGGGGCAUCUGCAUCGCACAUGAGGGCCUGGUGCCCCUGCUCGGCACUGACAGCCGGAAGCUGGGCUCUGUGCACAGCCUGCUGCACCAGGUGAACCAGAGCAGUGUGCAGGUGGUGGUGCUGUUCUCCUCCACCCUUGCCGCCCGCACCCUCUUCAGCCUCAGCAUCCGCUGGGGGCUCUUGCCCAAGGUGUGGGUGGCCAGUGAGGCCUGGCUAACCUCAGAACUGGUCAUGACGCUGCCCGGCAUGGCCCAGGUGGGCACCGUGCUCGGCUUCCUGCACCAGGGUGCCCUGAUGCCUGACUUCUCGUCAUACGUGCAGACCCGCCUGGCCCUAGCCGCUGACCCUGCCUUCUGCGCCUCACUGAACACCAAGCACCCACCCCUGGAGGGGCACGUGGUGGGGCCGCGCUGCCCCCAGUGUGACCACAUCACACUGGAGAAUGUGUCCACCACACUGCUGCACCACCGGACCUUUGCCGCCUAUGCAGCUGUAUAUGGCGUGGCCCAGGCCCUCCACAAAACGCUGCUCUGCAAUGCCUCGGGCUGCUCCACGCCCAAGGAGCCUGUGCAGCCCUGGCAGCUCCUGGACAGCAUGUACAACAUGACCUUCCGAGCACGUGGCAAGGUGCUGCGGUUUGACACCACGGGGAACGUAGACAUGGACUAUGACCUGAAGCUGUGGGUGUGGCGGGGCCCGGUGCCCGAGUUGCGCACCGUGGGCACCUUCAGUGGCCGCCUGCAGCUCCAGCACUCCCGGAUGUGCUGGCACACGCCAGGAAACAAGGAGCCCGUAUCCCAGUGCUCGCGGGAGUGCGAGGAGGGCCAGGUGCGCCGUGUGAAGGGCUUCCACUCCUGCUGCUACGACUGUGUGGACUGCAAAGCGGGCAGCUACCGGCACAAGCCAGAUGACCUCCUCUGCACCCCAUGUGACCAGGACCAGUGGUCCCCUGAUCGGAGCACACGCUGCUUCCCCCGCAGGCCCAAGUUCCUGGCGUGGGGGGAGCCAGCCGUGCUGGCGCUGCUCGUGCUGCUGGGCCUGGCUCUCAGCCUGGCCCUGACGGCCCUGGGGCUCUUCGUCCAGCACAGGGACAGCCCGCUAGUUCGAGCCUCGGGUGGGCCACGGGCCUGCUUUGGCCUGGCCUGCCUGAGCCUCGUCUGCCUCGGCGUCCUCCUGUUCCCCGGCCGGCCCAGCCCCACCAGCUGCCUGGCCCAGCUGCUGUUGCUCCACCUCCCGCUCACUGGCUGCCUGAGCACACUCUUCCUGCAGGCGGCCGAGAUCUUUGUGAAGUCAGAGCUGCCGAUGAGCUGGGCGGAUUGGCUGCAUGGCCGCCUUCGGGGGCCCUGGGCCUGGCUGGUGGUGCUCCUCCCCAUGCUGGCUGAGGCAGCACUAUGUACCUGGUACCUGGUGGUCUUCCCACCAGAGGUGGUGACAGACUGGCAGGUGCUGCCCACGGAGGCACUGGUGCACUGCCGCGUGCACUCCUGGGUCAGCUUUGGCCUGGUGCAUAUCACCAACGCUGUGCUGGCCUUCCUCUGCUUCCUGGGCACCUUCCUGGUGCAGAGCCAGCCCGGCCGCUACAACAGUGCCCGUGGCCUCACCUUCGCUAUGCUGGCCUACUUCCUCACGUGGAUCUCCUUUGUGCCCCUCUUUGCCAACAUGCACGUGGCCUACCAGCCCGCCGUGCAGAUGGGCACCAUCCUCCUCUGUGCCCUGGGCAUCCUGGCCACAUUCCACCUGCCCAAGUGCUACCUGCUGCUAUGGCGGCCGGAGCUCAACACCCCCGAGUUCUUCCUGGGAGAGGGUCCGGGUGAUGCCACAGGAUGGGGUGGCAGUGCGGGUGGGGAGGAGACUCAGGGCAAAAAUAAGUGACUCCUAACCUGGUGACCUCAUCCCAGUGAACCCAGACCUAGCUAAGAUGCCCCCAAACCAAGUCCCCAUACAGCAAUCUGCAAACUGUGGCCCGCCUCUGCUGAGACUCCCAGCUCUAGAUUCUGACCUCAGGCUGGCUGCUGACACUGCACCAGGGCCUCAGCCCCGUGGGAUCCCAUCUCCUGGGACCUCAGAGUCAGGCUCUGUCCCCAUCCAGGCCAAGCCCUAGCCAAGUGACCCAGCCCCACUAUUUCAGAAACAGGCCCAUGGAGGACUCCUCAAGCCCCUGCAGCCCAUGCUGAAAGCUCAGAAAGCCCCACCAGACCACUUGAAGGCCAAGCUGGGCAUGACUUGUCUGGCUGGGGCCAGCCUGGGGCCAGCCUGGGGCCCCCACCCAGCACCCACUCCAAGCAUCACAGAAAUGGGAGCUUGGUGGGUGGGCUGGGGCUGCCCGGACCCCUCUGCAGGGGUGCAUGCCUGACCGUGCACUCCACUGCAGGACAGAGGUCUGCUCAGCGGGGAGGGGAGCUCCCAGUUUCCUUUUCUUCCUGGCCUGGCUGAGUAGGUAGAAUGGGCUCAGCCCGCCACCAGCACCGUGGACAGAGCCCAGGAAGGGUAGUGGUGGGGGUCAGCACCAAGGCCAGCACCAGCCACCAGGACCCCUGGAGCCAAGGAGCCAGGAGCCAGCACCACGGACAGAAGACAGCCCGCCAGGACUUUGGGGGAGCCAGCACCGGGGACAGGGCCUUGUGGCUAAGCUGGGACAGCGAGGACAGCACUGGGCCCAGUGCUGAAUCAGCGCUUAGCCAGGCCCUGGGGAGGCUGCACCACCCGUGUGCCCAGUCUCCUGAGGCAGCCUGGUGGGAGAGAGAGGACACAGGCCACACGUCGGUCCCAUAAAAUUAAAUGCUUUUUAGUGUUUAAAAUAGCA